AUGGGCAAGACUGCUGUUCACUUUGGCGCUGGCAACAUCGGCCGUGGCUUUGUUGCCUGCUUCCUUCACAACUCUGGCUACGAUGUCGUCUUCGCUGAUGUCAACGACUCAAUCGUCAACCAACUCAACAACACUCCCUCAUACCGCGUCAUCGAAGUCGGCUCUGAAGCUACCGUCGAGAACACCAUCACAAAUUACAAGGCCAUCAACUCAAGGACACACGAGGAGGACCUGAUUGAGACCAUCCGCACAGCUGAGAUCGUCACUUGCUCAGUCGGUCCCAACAUCCUCAAGUUCAUCGCCCCUGUCAUCGCUAAGGGCAUCGACCGCCGAUCAACAGAAGAGGCUCCCCUGCAUGUCAUUGCUUGCGAGAACGCCAUCGGUGCCACUGAUACCCUUGCCGAGCACAUCAAGAACAACACUGAUGCGUCUCGUCUUGAGGACCACCAUCUCCGAGCCCGAUAUGCCAACUCUGCUAUUGACAGAAUUGUUCCCGCUCAGGACCCCGAUGCUGGUCUUGACGUGACACUCGAGAAGUUCUUUGAGUGGGUCGUUGACCGCACUCCCUUUGAGGAUGUUGGCAUCCCCGACAUCAAGGGCAUCAACUGGGUUGACAACCUUGAGCCCUUCAUCGAGCGCAAGCUCUUCACUGUCAACACUGGCCACGCCACCGCUGCCUACCACGGUUACAACCGAAGAAAGCGCACUGUCUACGAUGCUCUCCAGGACAAGGACAUCAUGGCCGAGGUUCGCGGUGCACUUAUGGAGACCAAGAACCUGAUCGUCUCCAAGCACGCUAUUGACGAGGAGGCCCAGGCCGCUUACGUUGAGAAGAUCAUCAAGCGAAUUGGCAACCCCCAUCUUGAGGAUGCCGUCGAGCGUGUCGGCCGUGCUCCUCUCCGAAAGCUGUCUCGCAAGGAGCGAUUCAUCGGCCCUGCUGCUGAGCUCGCUGAGAAUGAUCAGCCCAUCAAGUACCUCCUCGACGCUAUCGAGAUGGCCUUCCGCUUCCAGGAUGUCCCAGAUGACGAGGAGUCCAAGCAGCUUGCCGAGAUCAUGUCCGAGAACGGCCCUGAGGACGUUGUCAAGCAGGUCUGCGGUAUUCAGGACAACGAGAAGAUCUUCCCCCAAUUGGUCAACGUUGUCCAGCGCGUCCAGGCCGACAGCGCUGAGGAAUAA